UAGCGAUUCAAUUAUAUUAUCGUUAAUAUUUGUGAGCCAUUUAUUCUUGAAUGUCUGGUCAAUACUGGGAUUCAUGUAUUUGCAGUUCAUAUUUUACAACACUUUCUAUUUGUUGUGUAUCUUGUGGUGCGUUCACGAAACUAAAUCUUCUUCACCACCAUUUGUGGCCCUAUCUGUCAAUAUCAUGGCUUUCAUAUGCGAUGUCAUAUUGAUUGGUAUCCUAUGGGAUGACCAUUAUUACGGUUACAGAACUAGAUUUGUAAUAAGUUUAAUUGCUACUUUGGUUAAUCUAUUUUUACGAAUCCUAACAUCAAUUAUAAUAUAUCGCAUAUUAUUAAAGCGCAAACAAUUGGAAAAUAGUGUCUAUGAUAUGACAAGUGUUACCAGAGAUUUAACUAAUUAUCUCAACAUUUCACCGAAAACUACAACUACUACUACAUCAGUAACACAAAUACAACAAAUGUCAUCCAAUAACACUCAAAGAACUAUUGAAAUAUCAGGCGAUUAA